AUCAGUUGUCAAUUUGCAUUCUUAUUAGGAUUUUCAUUCUGCUUUUCGCUUCUCGUGGGUCUGAAGUCGUCGUUCAACUCGACUGGUUUUUGUGCUUGCCCGUGUGUUAAAAGUUUUUUCGUGAUUUCUUUUGCUACUGCGGUGUGGUUUUAGCAAACCGUCUUUAGAAUAUAUGUGAAAAAAGUUUCGAAAUUGUAGAUAUUAAUAGUGCGAUUAGUGUUGGGUAAUAUGAUCGGCCGGCGAUAGACUUAUCGGUCACACUACCAGUUGAUAAGAAGAGUGGAACGUGAUCUUGUUAUCGUGAAAUCUGUAGAUAUUUGUAAAUAGAAGAAAGAUGGUAUUGACCAAGGAGUACCGUAUUUGCAUGCCACUAACUGUAGAGGAGUAUCAGGUGGGCCAGCUUUAUAUGAUAGCAAGACACAGUCAUGAACAGUCUGGAGAUGGUGCCGGCGUUGAAGUUAUACAGAAUUGUGACUGUGAAGAUCCAGAGCAUGGGAAAGGCCAAUUCACGGAGAAGAGGAUACAUUUAUCCAGUCGAUUACCGUACUGGCUGCAAGCAGUUUGUCCUCGAGUAUUUUACGUGACGGAAAAAUCAUGGAAUUACUAUCCGUACACUUUCACAGAAUACACCUGUUCCUUCAUUCCAAAGUUCAAUGUGUCUAUCCAUACUAUUUAUGAAAAUAAUGCUGGCACAUCGGAAAACUGUUUAAAAUUAUCGGAAGAACAAUUAAAAGAACGAUUGGUGGAAGAUAUCGACAUCGGCUUCGAUGAAUUGUCAAGUUUAAAGCAUUAUAAGGAGGAUGAGGACCCAAAAUUUUUCAAAUCUCAAAAGACUGGUAGAGGACCAUUGGUUGAAGGCUGGCGAGAAACCGACAAACCUAUAAUGUGUUCCUAUAAAGUUGUACAUGCAUCAUUUGAAGUAUGGGGUCUGCAAACUCGUGUCGAAGAUUACAUUCAACGAGCAAUAAGAGAUAUUCUUCUGGUAGGCCAUCGUCAGGCUUUCACAUGGAUUGAUGAGUGGUACGAUAUGACAAUUGCGGAUGUUCGGGAAUAUGAAAGCAAAAUGCAAGCUGAAACCAAUGAAAAGUUGAAAGCGUCAUUGAAUUAUUCACUGCCAACAACACCGACUACACCAAACGCUCCGCUAACUCCAACUGCGGAAGAACAUAUCUGAACUUUUUUCGAAGUAUGUAGUUUAAAUAUUCUAUGUUUCAUGUUAGAAUAUGGUUAGUUCCUCAUUCAUUGUUUAAGUGCUCUAUUGUUGCCAUAAUGAAAUAUUUCUAGUUUUACAGUUAUUGUAACAUUGAAAGUGUGAUUAAACGAAACGAUAGAAGAGUUGGAUAUUCAAAUGUUAAUUUUCAUAAAAUUGUAAUAUUUUUUCUAGAUAACAUCUUAAAUUAUUUCCAUCUUCUUAUAACUUUUAGGUAGAGCAAAGUACUUAUCCGAAACAAUCAUGGUAUCGGGCUGCAAUAAAUUUGACUUUCUAUUCAAAUAAUUUGUAUUAUACACUUAAAGGCACAAAAUGUUCACUAUGCACAGCCUCAGGUAUUUCUCAUGAAUUAGGUAGUGGGAAAGUCAAAUUUGAAUAUCGAUCCUUAGCAAUAUUAUUUUUGUCUACAAUGAGAAAAAUAAGGAUAAUAGUGGAAUUAGUGAGGAAAAUAUAUAUGUGUAGAAAAUGU